AACGUGAUUUGGUAUUCUAAGAUAAGCGUGUUAAAAUUAUUCAAUUCGCGGUUCUCCUGUUGCGUCUUCGAUUUCGACUUCGCGCUUCUCUUACGAGGUUGAUUUGUGCUUCGCGCUUCUACUACGAGGUAGGUUGUAUGCGUCUUCGAUUUCUACUUCGCACUUCUGCUACGAGGUUGUAAUCGUUUCACCUAUUACUCACUGCAAUCUAUCUCGUGUGGCUCUCGCGUCUCUGCUCUGUUCCGGUUUCAUCUGUGCGUGCGUCAAGCUAGGGUUCCUUCAUUUCCUUCGUUUCAAGGCUGCCAUUUUAGGUUUUGAUCGCGUCACUGAAGCAUUUGUUUUCGAGCCGUGUUGGUGUACUGGGCAUAGGAUAUUUGGUCGUGUACUGGGUUUAAGAACCCGUUCUCACUCGCGUCAAUUCUAAGGCAAAUCUGAGGGAGAACGACACUACUAUGGUCACAGGAAAAUGAAUGGGUAUUUCGUAGCCGUUUAGGGAUGAAGUUAAGGUUAUUUUGGAGACAAAAAGAAAAGAGAGGGUGAAGAGAGAAAGAGAGAGUUGUAGAAGCGUGGAGAAGAGAGAAGCGAGAGUGAAUCGAGGUUGGAAUGGCGAGUGAGGAUGAUGCAGUGAAGAAUGCAAUGAUAGUUGAUGCUCGGGCUAGAAACAUUAGUCACAAUGUGAGGUGCACGGAGUGUGGGAGUCAAUCCAUUGAGGAUUCUCAAGCAGACAUUGCCAUUUUGCUCAGAAAGUUAAUUCGUGAUGAAAUUCGGGCUGGAAAGAGUGACAAGCAAAUCUACAAAAAGCUUGAGGACGAUUUUGGAGAGACUGUACUCUAUACGCCCAAGUUUGAUAUGCAGACAGCAGCUUUGUGGUUAUCACCUGUCUUGAUUGGUGCUGUAGCUGCAGGAGGAUGGGUUUACAAGAAGCAUAAACAAAAGACUAAUGUCCAUAUCAUGGCUNUGGAUCUUGUUAGAGGUGUUUCAUUGACUCCAAAAGAGAAGGAGGCAAUGCUUGAUAUUCUUACGCCACCUCCUUCACAGGGAGCUAGAACACCCUUCUGGUGGAGGAGAUGACAAGGUCAAUGAUCACGUUGACCAUCUACUAUUAUGACUUGAAGAAAACCUUUGAUGUGGUACAUGUUUGUGAUUAUAAGUAAGUUUCACUUUGAUGUUAAUUCGCAAAUUUUCAAGCUUGGUAUUGUAGUACCUCCUUGAAUAGAACGUAGUUUGAAUCAAUAAACGAACAUAAUUGGAAUAUGUGUCUGAAUAAAUAUUUGGUUUAGAGAUGAAUAGAAUUUAUUUUAUAUCAUUGAACAUAAUUUAAAUGGGUGCCAAAAAUAAUUUCAACCAUAGAUUUUUGUUGGAAGGUGUAAGGAGUGGGUGAAAUUGAUUAUGAAAUUAAAACAAGCAUGCCCCUAGUUUAUUUUUCAUCACCCAAGCUUGGUACAGAUAUACAUGUGGAUUUCAUUGCUUAAUUUCUGUAUCAAUCCAUAAAGUCUUCCGUAUUUGAGUCUUGGCAUCCAUAUUUUGUCACUGUGAUAUAUUUCUAAGUUUACAAUAUGAUGUCCUCUCAAAAGAUUUUCUCUGCCCCCUACGUGGGCCUUGGUGCUAGCGAAUCAAAGAGUGCAAACUUGUUCCAAACUAGCGCCCAGCGGCCAAGACUCAGUCGGGUGCUUGUCGACAUUUCAUUGGUGUUGGGUGCCAGCUUCUCAUAGAGCAUGACUAGUUCUAGGCGCCCAACUAUGGAGGAUGUGCAUUGGGUGAUAGAUAUGUUGAUGUGACAAUUUUUGUCCUAUUUCUUCCUAUUGCUUGAAGGAAACUGAUCUUUGGAGGUUUGGACGCAAAAGCUCACGUUUUUGGAGAGUGUGGAUGUUUGCUAGGACUUGUGGAAACAAUUCGUAUUCUUCCUUAUAUCUCAAUCUUCUUCCAUUUUCUCAUUUUGUAAGUUUGGAUUCUCCAUAACAAUAAAGACCUAAACCCAUUCUGUUCA